UUGUGGCAGGUGUGUCACCAACUCUGAUGAAACAGGACCUCAGACAGGUAUAAAAGGGCUGCUCCAGGCUCCUGGGGCACACUGACGGAUCCAAACCCUCCUCGGAGACCAGGGUCCCCCCCAGAGCUCAGCCAUGUCCACCAGCACCCACAGCCAAGCCGGGAGCCGGCAGUUCCCCGGGAAUUGCACCCUGGAGAAGGCCCUGCAGACCGUGGUGGACACGUUCCACCAGUACAGCAUCCGCCAGGGCGAGAUCGACCUCCUGAGCCUCGGCGACUUCACCACGCUGCUGAAGGAGCAGGCGCCGUCCUUCCUGCAGACCUGCGACAGGAACCGGGCUGGCUACUUGGAGAAGCUCUUCCAGGAGACCGACCUGAACAAGGACAAGGAGGUGAGCUUUGAGGAGUUCACCAUCGUGCUGAGCAAGCUGGCCGACGACGCCCACCGCAUCAGCCACGGCUCCGACCGCUGCGGGCCCGACCAGGACUGAGCCCGGCCGUGGAAAAAUGGGAGAGGGAAGCUUGGGGAACUGGGCUCUGGCUGCUCCCUGCCCGCCUGGAGCAGCCCCUUGGCACAAUAAAGCAGCACUUGAAGUUC